GGAUAGUAGAUUGAGAAGGCCAGAUUAAAGAAGAGCAGAGGAGAGGAGAGCUCCACAAAGAGAGAAAGGAAAACAAAACACUUCCAACAAUAAUAAAAUAGCUCCUCCUCCUCCUCCUCCUCCUCCUCCUCCUCCCCCCUCCCUUGUUGAUGGCGAGGCCAGGCCUUCAACCAUCCUCCCCCACCACCACCACCACCAUCACCACCAUCACCACGACCACCUCGCCAUGACUCACUUCAGCCGGACGUUGACUCGUCUCGACCAUAAGUGGGCUCGCUUCGUCCAUCUCGCCGUCGUCCGCCGCUUCUUCCGCCUCCUCUGGGACAACCUCCUCGCAUGUUCUUCGCCCGGCGGCCACGCCCGGUACCGGCGGCUAGAGGGCGGCCUCUCGCCGCAGCUCAAGGCGGUCGAGGACGUCCCUGCGGCGGCCGCAGGCCCUUCGGACGCAUGCAGCGAUAUCGAGGUGGAUACCGAUUUGGUGCCGCUGAAGAUUAGCCUCCUCGGCGACUGCCAUAUCGGAAAAACAAGCUUCAUGGUUAAGUAUGUGGGAGAUAUAGAGGAACAGAGGGGGUUACAACUGACAGGGCUGAAUCUAAUGGAUAAAAUUUUAGCCGUUAGGGGUGCGAGGAUUGGAUUUAGUAUUUGGGAUGUUGGAGGUGAUCGUCAGUUUCUUGAUCAUGUCCCUAUAGCUUGUAAAGAUGCUGCGGCGAUUCUUAUUAUGUUCGAUCUAACCAGCCGUUGCACACUAAAUAACGCUAUCAACUGGUAUCAACGAGCAAGAAAAUGGAAUAAGACGGCAAUCCCUAUCUUAAUAGGAACGAAGUUUGAUGACUUUGCUCAGCUUCCUCUUGAAAUGCAAUGGACCAUAGUGAAUCAGCCCCAUGAAGCUAAGCUUCCUUUCUACCUGAGUGGUUGCUCUAUUGGGAAAUAAGAAAAGCAUUAGGUGAUUUAAACCUGAAUUGAAGUGCAACACCUAUGUAUGUGGUAGGCAUGGUGAACAAAUGUGUCCUUUUCAUCUCAGAAUGAUGAUGAAACUUCCUGCCUUCCAAUAACACCAGACACAUGCCAUGCAACUGAACUAUAAUGGCAUAGAGGUGUAGUACUUUUGACAAUGGAUAGCAGCUGGACCCAAACCAUACUCCAUGGGAAAAUGAUGGGAAAAAUCAGUACAAAAGUGAAAAAUAAUUGAAAAACUAUGCCACAGUUAGCUAUACUUUUCUGUAUUAAAAGGGAGCAGAAAAGAGAAGAAACAACUGAUGUGUUAGGGUAGCCAUCAGAAAAGGUGCAUGAAAUGCUAUGUCUCUGUAUUCACAUCCAGAAUAAAUUUUUUAUAGCAGAAGUAACACUUUCCAUGAGUGAUGAUCCUCAUAUAUAGUUCGGAUCAUAUGUCAUCUAAUUUUCUCAAACCUCUACCAGUAUAUUUAAAUUCUCUUUCCA